AUGGAAACGUUUAAUAAACUUCAGGAGAAUAAUAAAGAACUUAUCUCUAAAGGUAAAAUCAACUUUAGGAAAACACCUAAGGAUCGUAUUUCAGUCUCAUAUGUUGAAACGCGUUUAGAAGCUUUAGAGAAUCAGUGGCAAUCGUUUUGUGACAUACAUCGGCAGAUAAUUACAGAGAUUGGUAAGAAUGAGUUAGAAACUUCUAGUUAUUAUAAGAAUUCAAUUUAUGACCAAACCGAAAAUUUAUACUUUGAUUAUAAAACAGAAUUAAGAGAUGUUUUAAAUACAUUAAAAACUAAAGUUAAGUCUGUAGCAGAAACUUCAGUGGUAGCGAACAUUAAAGAGACAUCUAAUUGUUUUGUAAAAUUACCAGAGAUUAGCAUACCGAAAUUUUCGGGAAAGUAUUCAGAGUGGACAAGUUUUAAAGAUCUGUUCACGUCAUUGAUUCACAAUAAUAUUAAAUUAGAUAAUGUUCAGAAACUGCAUUAUCUCAAAGGUCAUUUGUCGGGAGAGGCGGAGCAGCUUUUAAGACAUGUUCCUAUUACUGAAAAGAAUUAUGAUGUUUGCUGGACUCAGUUAACUAAUCGUUAUGAUAACAAAAAAUAUUUAUCUAAUAAUAUUCUGAGACGUUUCAUGAGCCAGAAGUAUUUGCAAUAUGAAUCGUCGAAUGCCAUUAAGGAGUUAUUAGAUAAUAUGAACGAAUGUUUAAGCGCGCUACAGAACAUAGGUGUUGACGUCAGUAAUUGGGAUAUCAUUGUUAUUUAUAUAUUCAGUCAAAAGCUUGAUCCUGAGUCCAGAAAGCAAUGGGAAUUAAAGUCAAAUGAAACUGAAGGGUUGCCCACUUUGACUGCUUUUAGGGAGUUUCUAGAACAUAAAUUUAGGUCAUUAGAGUUUUUAGAUACUAAGCAUAUUAUUUCUAAACCUUGUAACGCACGAAAGGCUAUUAAUGUCGCUCAAGUAGAAAGUUCAAAUAAUGCUAACUUUAAUAAUACUAAUUUAAACUGUCAGUAUUGUAAGGCCAAUCAUAAAUUAAUAAAUUGUAAAGAUUUUGCUAAGGCUGAUUAUGAAGCACGACAUAGUUUUAUCCAGACCAGUCGUUUGUGUUUUAAUUGUUUCAGCCCGAACCAUUCCGUUUACUCAUGCCGCAAAACCACUAGAUGUAGAGUAUGUAAACGGAAGCAUCAUUCGCUGCUGCACCCUCCAAAUGUAGUGCAGAGCAUGGAGAGUGCCGAGUCCAAAGAUAAAGGUGUAGUAGUUUCUUCAGCAACCACAUCAGAAGGAGUAACUAAAGUAGAUACCUGUUAUUCAAAUAGUUGUAGCCAAGUCCUCCUGGCUACAGCUAUUGUUGAAGUGGAGUCUCGAACGGGUAGUAUUGGUCUAAUUUAUAGAUGUUUGUUGGAUCAAAGCUCACAGGCUUCGUUUAUCACGGAGUCGGCUGUCCAAGCCCUUGGACUGAAGAAAAUUCCCAACAAGAUUCACAUUUCUGGAAUCGGAUGUAGAAAUGAGUCUUUAGCAUCUAUGUCAGUAGUUGAAAUCAAACUAAAGUCAAUUCAUAAUCCGCAAUUCACUUUGGUCGUCAAGGCCCAUGUGCUGAGCAAACUGACAUCUUUUCUUCCCUCAAAGAAAGUAAAUGUUCAGUUGUGGCCCGAACUAACAAGCUUGAAGUUAGCUGACCCGAAGUUUGACGUACCAAAUAAAAUAGACUUGUUACUUGGCGCAGAAGUGUAUGGUCAGAUUUUAGUUAAAGGUCUUAUCAAGGGUCCUCCCGGGUGUCCCGUAGCCCAGAACACCCAGCUGGGAUGGAUCUUGUCUGGUCAAAUCCACUCAGGUCAAAGUCAAAGUUCAGAGUCGUGCCAAGGAAAUACUAUUGUUGUCAGCAUGCACACCCAGUGCAAUGACAAUGAUCUUUUGAGAAAGUUCUGGGAAUUAGAGGAUGUUCCAAUUAAGAAGAAAAUGCUCACUGAAGAUGAGCAGAAAUGUGAGGAGAUUUUUUAUAAUACAGUGACCAGAGAUGAAUGCGGACGAUAUAUUGUGAAGCUUCCCUUUCGCGACGUCAACCCAGUCUGUAAAAAGGGAAAUUUUAGAGAAAUUGCAGCUAAGAGACUGUAUCAACUAGAAAAGAGAUUAUCAAAAAAUACAGAAUUUAAAGAACAAUAUGCACAAGUAAUAAACGAGUACUUACAUCUUAAUCACAUGGAGUUGGUUCCUGAAGAACAGCGCGAUAAAUCAGAUGUGGUGUAUUUGCCACACCAUGCCGUAGUACGUAAUGAUAAGGUAACAUCUAAGGUUAGAGUAGUCUUUGAUGCAUCCUGCUCUGGAACUAAUGGUGUAAGUCUAAACAAUGAUCUGUUAGUUGGCCCGUCUCUUCAAAAUACUUUGAGGCAUAUCGUUAUGCGAUGGCGCAAACAUCCUAUUUGUUUGGUAGCAGACAUCGUUAAGAUGUAUCGACAGGUGAAGGUAAACCUGGAGGAUGCAGAUGAGUUCCAGCGUAUCUUGUGGCGCGAUGAAUCUGGAACAAUACAACAUUACAGAAUGUUACGUGUUACUUUCGGAAUUGCAUCUGCACCUUACCUUGCCGUUAGAGUUCUGCAGCAAGUAACCUACGAUGAAGGUGUAAAUCAUCCUGCUGCUGUGGAGAAAAUUAUAAAUGAUUUUUACAUGGACGAUCUUAUGACUGGUUGCCAAACGGUCGAAGAAUGCCUGAAAAUAAAAAAUGAAAUUAGUAGCAUAUUGGGUAAGGGAGGAUUUCAAUUGCAAAAAUGGGCAAGCAAUAGUAAGGAGUUUAUGGAAAAAAUAGGACAGAGAAAAGAAGAGAAGGAGUCUAGGAUUAAAAUAGGGGCAGGAAAGGAAUCAGAGGCUAUUCAGAAAGUGUUAGGACUUACCUGGAAUAGUAGCACAGACGAAAUUGAAUACAGUGUCCAAUUACCACAGUUAGAAUUUCCAGUAACAAAGAGGAAAGUAAUUUCGGAUAUUUCGCGUUUGUUCGAUCCUUUAGGGUGGAUAGCCCCAACUAUUAUUACUUCUAAAAUCUUUAUUCAAAAACUUUGGAUAUCAGGUAUAGAUUGGGAUCACGAACUUCCACCUCAUUUGUUACAAGAAUGGCUUACUUACCGGUCAGAUCUUGCAAAACUUAACCAUUUCCGCAUUCCUCGAUGGAUGCACACAAAUGUUGAUGAUAAAGAAGUAGAGCUGCAUGGAUUCAGUGAUGCAUCAAAUCAGGCCUAUGCUGCAGUUGUAUAUACUCGCAUUAUAGAUAAGAAUAAUGAAGUGCAUGUAAAUCUUGUCACAUCCAAGACCAAGGUUUCUCCAAUUAAACAAGUCUCCAUCCCUCGUUUGGAGCUCUGCGGAGCUCAGCUUCUUGCCAAGCUCAUUUUGGAGGUUUCGGAGAUAUUGGAGAUUCCUAAAGAAAAAAUUCACGCUUGGACAGACUCUUCCGUGGUACUUGCGUGGCUCAGUAGUCAUCCAAGUAAAUGGAAAACAUUUGUUGCCAAUCGUACUUCGGAGAUCUUGACAAUUUUAGAUCGAAGUCAAUGGGCACACGUAAAAUCUAAAGACAACCCAGCUGAUUGUGCAUCAAGGGGUGUCAAAGAUUAUGAAAAUUUAAGCUUGUGGAAACAUGGUCCAUCUUGGCUAAGUGAAUUUACUAUCAACUACAGUCCACAAGAAGAAGGCCAAGUUACCAAACUGGAAGAAAGAGAUAAAAGACUUUGUCAUACGGUAAAUAGUAUUGAGUUAGAAGAAGAACUAUUUACAAGAUUCUCAACGCUCCGAAAAUUAAUUAGAACGAUCGUUUAUUUGAGACGUUAUUUUAAAUGGUUACAUUCCUCUCUUAAAAUUGUUUUUCCUAGUUAUCUUACAAGUCUAGAGUUAAACAAGGCAUUGGAAAAAUGUAUAAUUUACUUUCAGAAGAAGUUCUUUGCUUGUGAAAUCGAGAGUAUUAUUAAAAUUAAAUCGGUAACUAAGAAGAGUAAACUUGUGUCUCUUAACCCUUUCAUAGAUAGUAAUGGUUUGUUAAGAGUUGGAGGACGUUUGCAGAAUGCUGAGUUAAGCGAUGACAUGAAACAUCCAAUUUUGAUUCCACGUAACUCGCAUUUAGCACAACUCAUUAUCGCAGAUGCACACGAAAGGACUCUUCAUGGAGGCCCACAGCUAAUGUUUAGUUUUAUUAGGACGAAGUACUGGAUCGUUGAUGCUAAGAAUUUGGUCAAGCUAUAUGUCAGAAAAUGCGUUACAUGUAUACGUCAUGCCCCUCCAUCAAAUCAACCCAUUAUGGGUCAGUUACCUGCAUCUCGAGUAACAGCAGUCAGACCUUUUCGUCAGACCGGUGUAGAUUAUGCAGGACCCAUUGCAAUAAGGACCACAAAGGGUAGGGGUCAUCGCUCUACUAAAGGUUAUAUUUGCCUCUUUAUAUGUAUGGCUACUAAGGCUAUACAUCUUGAAGCUGUCAGUGAUAUGACAUCUGAAGGAUUUAUAGCCGCAUUUAAGCGUAUGGUGGCUAGGCGAGGUCACGUUUCAGAUUUGUGGAGCGAUAAUGGUUCUAAUUUUGUAGGAGCUGAAAAGGAAAAUAAAAAUUUGCUUUUGAAAGAGAGAUCAAGUGUAUCUAUGGAGAUAGCCAAUUGGCUUUCGGAUAACGGCACUACUUGGCAUCGCAUUCCACCUUACACUCCACACUUUGGUGGAUUAUGGGAAGCAGGCAUUAAAUCAACGAAGCACCACCUGAAAAGAGCGAUUGGGAACUCAACUCUGACGUUUGAGGAGUUGAGUACGGUUUUUUCCCAAAUUGAGGCAUGUCUUAAUUCAAGGCCAUUGACUACUUUAAGUGAUGAUGCACAGGAUCCGUUUCCACUUACACCCGGACAUUUUCUUGUGGGAGAACCUCUUCUACUUGUUCCAGGUGAUAAUUAUGAGAAGUCAACAAUAGCUAGUCUCCGAAGAUGGCAGUUGGUACAGCGAAUGACCCAAUACUUUUGGCGACGGUGGUCAAAUGAGUAUCUAUCUCAUUUCCUACACCGGUAUCGUUGGAAUCGUCACUCUCCUGAGCCAAAAAUCGGAGACGUAGCCUUAGUUAAAGAAGAAAAUCUUCCACCAGCCAGAUGGCUUUAUGGAAUAAUUGUUGACAAACAUACUGGUCAGGAUAAUGUUACGCGUGUUGUAAGUUUGAAAUGCAACGGCAUUGUCAUCAAAAGACCUAUUUCAAAAAUUUGUAUUUUACCAGUUAAUAACUAA